AUGGCCGUCGAUGCCGCCUUCAACCAGCGCAGGCGGCGCCGCAGGAGAAGACGUCAAGACAAGCCUGCCAUCUCCGCCCGCCUGCUCCCCGACGACCGCCUGAAGGGCGAGGUCGGCGUGCUGUCGGAUGACCUCUUCCAGGACCUGUUCCCCAAAGCACCUCGCGCUUCUGCCGAGUCCCCUACCGGCACUGUAAAUCGCAUUUACCAUGUAGCAAUCACGCCGUGGGUCCCCAGCUCCGUGAGCUCGCCUUCCGCCUGCUCGUGGACCAUCUUGCCGGUCCGCCCGCACGACAAGUCUGACCAGACUGCAUCGCUGCCACACUCGUCGCUCCAAUUCCCCGCGAAGUCUCUUGCCCUGCAGUCCUUCGCCCACGCCCUCCAGUCCGCCGCCCCGAACCGGCCGCCGCGCCGCGACACCCCAAUUGAGAUUCGCAUUUUGGACGCGGUGCCGCUGGGUCUAGAAACUAUAUACGUUAGCAUCGAUGCUGAUGCGCUGCGGAAGUUGGAGGACGUGAAGGCCAAGUUUGGUGGAGGCUUUGGCACCCAGGUCAAACAGCUGCGGCCGAACGGCGUGCAGAAGAAAACGGACCUCGCCCAGGAGGAGCGCGCCUGGAGGGAUGCUGUGCGGAAAGCUCUCCAGGUUCCGAGCAUUGUCCACACCAACGACUUGCUGCCGCUGCCCAUCGAAAGCCACCCCAUCACCCACCAGCCUCCGCCGCCCGCCCGUGUCGUGUCCUGCGAGCCGGUUGCUCAAGGCCUGCUGUUACCGAGCACAAGAAUUGUCGUCCUGCAUUCGCGUAGCUCCAAGGGUUCGAAGCGUGCUCAACCUGCUGUUCCUAGCCCACGUCCGGCUGGCACUGAGGACGAAGAUACAUCCAAUGAGACGUUCUACUCGGCCGCUGAGGACCGGACUUCUUCAGACGCACCGUCGCCUCCUACCGACGAUGAAGCCUCGACCACCGAUAACUUGGAAUCAGAGCUCUCAGCCAGUGAUGCAGGCGACCUUUCUGAUGACUCUGACGAUAUGAUAUCCCUGAGCGCUCCAAUGCUACCGCCGCAAUCUUCCGGUGUGUUGUCUGCAUGGACGUCGGCUACCCCACGUGCUGGAGGCUUUCAAACGGGUAUGAUGAGCCCCGGUGCUGGCUCGGUGUACUCUACCUUUACCUCAGCUACGGCACGCGGUGGCGCUAAGGGUAGACUUUUCAAAGCUGUCGGUCUUUUGGAGCAAAUACCGGAAGAGAUGGUGCAUCCGAAGCCUGGUUCGGAUGACGAUGAGGAGGCCCGCAUCUUCGUCGAUACCAAUACAUUGGUCAAGGUUGGAUGCUUCUCUGGCGACUGGGUGCGCAUCAACGCAUCUGAAGAACCCCAGGGUCACGGUCUGGGCACAUGGGGUCUGGGGAGUGCCUUUGGAGAGGAAGAAGAGGAGCAAGCAGAUUAUCGGACGGUCAAGAUUUUCGGUCUGCCAGAAAACAUGGUGAAGAAAACUGCUCGCUAUCCGGUCAACCGCGCACAUCAGCGCAUGUCCAGCGUUGCUAUGCGAUCUUCCAGUACCACCAUAAGUUCAGCCUAUCUUUCUCCAAUUCUGCUCGCCAACCUUGGUAGCCCCUCUCACCUCCGCAUCUCCGCAUUACAACAUCCUCAACCCUCCGGAAUUCCCAAGUCCUCAAUUCAACGGCCUAAGGUCACUUCCUCCUCAUUACCUCCGUUUGCAAAAGAAGUCACUCUGCUCAAGCUCUCCACGCCCCUCUCAACAGAUCGAUUCUUGCAACCGAGCUUAUUUGCUGGCCUCAAGGAUUACUUUGAACAGAAGCGCCGUAUCGUGAAAAGUGGCGACCUUGUCGGUAUCGCGGUAGACGAGGCUUUGGGCAGAGCGAUUUACCAGGGUGCCAGCCCUGAAGGAGAACUUGGAUCAGAAGAACUGCUUUCAAAACCGAAACCUGACGGACCUACCGCUCCUAGCCAGGAUGCGGCUUCAUCCUUGAAGAGUGUGGCAUGGUUCAGGAUUGGAAAGGCAACUGUAGCGGAGAACGCAUGUGCGGAUCUCGGUCUACACUCCUUUUCAAUUGACUCCUUCGACAUACUGACUGAAGGUGGCUCUGGUGGAGGCGAUGUCAAGACUGAAGCAUUCUUGAAGGCGCGCGCCGAACGGGCGCUCUCUUGCGGAUCCCAAUACACCGCAUUGCUUCUGAAGCACGUUGAGGCUUUGAACGCUGACCGCAUUGUUGCGGCUUUAAAAGAAGUCCUUGCCGAUUCUAGAGUGCUAAUUGCAACGACGACCGAAGUUGACAAAGUCCCUGACGGCAUUCGGAGCCUUUUCACCCACGAACUUGAUAUGUCUGCACCAGACGAGGCCGAAAGAGAAGGAAUUCUCCGAGGCAUUGUGGAAGACCGCGGAAUUCGACUGUCAGCAGACGUUGAUCUCUCCAACAUUGCAGUGAAGACUGCUGCGCUUGUCGCUGGCGACUUGGUUGACGUAAUCGACCGCGCCCUCGUAGCCAAAAACAACCGAUUAGAGGCCGUCGUAGCCGCUGCGAACAAGAACCUUCCGGAAGAUGCACCUCAGCCAACCCUGCAAGACCUGCAAUUGGCUGGUGGAUCUGCAACUGUCUGUCUCUCAACAGCAGAUCUCACCGCGGCCGUUGAUGCCGCGCGAAAGAACUUUGCCGAUGCCAUCGGCGCGCCCAAGAUCCCGAACGUGCAAUGGUCCGACGUCGGUGGUCUGACCAAUGUUAAGGAAGCCGUAACAGAAACAAUUCAACUUCCACUCUCUCGUCCCGAGCUCUUUGCUCGCGGCAUGAAGAAGCGAAGUGGUAUCCUCUUCUACGGCCCACCAGGAACAGGAAAGACAUUACUCGCAAAAGCCAUUGCCACUUCCUUCUCCCUCAACUUCUUCUCCGUCAAAGGACCUGAGCUGCUCAACAUGUACAUUGGUGAAUCCGAAGCCAACGUCCGCCGUGUCUUCCAGCGCGCAAGAGAUGCUAGACCCUGCGUCGUCUUUUUCGACGAGCUGGAUAGUGUUGCACCAAAGCGUGGCAACCAGGGUGACAGUGGCGGCGUCAUGGAUCGCAUAGUCAGUCAGCUGCUGGCCGAGUUAGACGGCAUGAGCGAUGGUGAUGGCGGCGGCGGCGGGGUCUUCGUCAUUGGCGCCACCAACAGACCGGAUCUACUCGACCAAGCCCUGCUUCGUCCAGGUCGCUUCGACAAGAUGCUGUAUCUGGGCGUGAGCGACACUCACGAGAAGCAGCAGACGAUCUUAGAAGCGCUGACAAGAAAAUUCUCUCUCCACCCUUCCCUUUCCCUCGCCCGCAUCGCUUCCCUCCUCCCCUUCACCUACACUGGCGCCGAUCUAUACGCCCUCUGCUCCGACGCCAUGCUUAAAGCCAUCACCCGCCAGGCCAACGCCGUCGACGCCAAAGUCAAACAGCUCAACGCCGAACGUACUGCUUCAAACGCUGCGGAUUCGUCGCAAAAAGCUCAGCUACCGCCCAUCACCACCGCGCACUUUUUCGACCACCUCGCGACCGAGGUGGACACGGCCGUCAUGGUCACAGAGGAAGAUUUCUUGAGCGCGAAGGCGGAGCUGGUGCCGUCGGUGAGCGUCGACGAACUGAGGCAUUAUGAGCGCGUCCGGCGGACUUUCGAGGGGCAGGCCAAGGAAAAGGAGAAGGAGAAGGCGGGUGCUGCUUCGGGGCAGAUGACGAUUGGUGACGCGGCUGCAGCCGCGGCUGCGGCUGGUCAGGAUGGAAUCAAUGGGGUUGGCGGCGGUGGAGGCGGAAAGGGAAAGGGGAAGGGUAAAGCUGGUGGUGCACGGGGUAAGGGGAAGGGGAAAGCGAUAGCAUCUGGAGAUGACGUGGGGGAUGAAGAGGGAGAGGACGACGAUGGGAACCAGGCAGAUGGGGUCGCUGAAGUCGAUGACGAUGAGGAUGAGUACGUUAUCAGGACUGAUCAUUUGAUGACGGCGAACGGGUCAGCGGGGAAAGGAAAGGGAAAAGCGGCCACUGCUGAGGUAGAGGGUGGUGAUGGGAAUGCAGCGGCGUUUGGGGAGGGUGCCGAGGGAGAUGAGGAUAUGUAUCAGUGA